UCUGAUAGUGGAGCACAGUGAGCAACACCCACAGGUUCAGCAGGGUCAUCGCUAUGAACCGCACCAGAACUGUUGCAAAGAGAAAAGAUGAUCAGAAACACGGAAGCUGACAGCGACGUCUCUGAAUCACACAAGGACAGCAGAGCUGGAGUUACAAAUGGUGACUACUCGGAGAUACUCCAGCGUGGCAUGCACAGCGACAGCAAGCUAACGCUUACCAAAACAGUGGGGACAUUUCAGACAGUGCAGCCACUGCCAGGCACCAAGGAGAGAGAGAAAUUACGCAGACUUACAGACACGGUCUUUAUCCCUCCUGCUCCAACAGUGAAGCCGCAGGCCCUGAGGGGGAGAUGACAAAGGAGGAUGUUUCAGAGCCCGUUGAAGGCGACACGGUCCUGGGCUGCCGCGCUAGACUCUCUUCUCAUCAGCGGCCAGUGAUCCACCAGGUGGCCUCUGCACCCAUGCCCAGUGACUGUGAGUUCUCCUUCUUUGACCCCAGUGAGCCGCAAUGCAGGGAGGUUCUGUUGGAUCCCAGCACCACCAUACCAGAGCUGUUUGCUGUCCUCAGGCAGUGGGUGCCCCAGGUUCAGAAGAACAUUGACCUUAUCGGCAAUGAGAUACUAAAGAGAGGCUGUGGUGUGAAUGAUCGAGACGGUCUGACAGAUAUGAGCCUCCUGCACUACUGCUGCAAGGCCGGAGCCCCAGGCAUUGGCGAUGCAGACACGGCAGCGAGCUUUGCUCAGCAGCUCCUCGCCCUGGGCGCGGAUCCAAACCUUCGUUCGCGGUGGACUAACAUGAGGGCUUUGCACUACGCUGCGUACUUCGAUGUGCCCCAGCUUAUCCGUGUGGUGCUGCAAGCAUCCCAGCCUGGAGAUGUUGAUGCCACCUGCAGUGACUUUGAUUUUGGCACAGCUCUGCACAUCGCCGCAUCCAACCUGUGCACAUCAGCUGUCAAGUGUCUCUUGGAACUGGGAGCCAAUCCUGCGUUCAGAAAUGAAAAAGGCCAGUGUCCAGCAGACGUGGUGCCUGAUCCCCUCGACAUGGCUCUGGACAUGGCUGAUGCAGCAGCCAUGGCCAAAGAGCUCCGGACUUUGCUGAGACAAGCGUUACCCAGACCCAGCUCCCCUCUGCCCCUCACCCUGAAAGCCCAGUCCCUCCCUGCUCUCUCUGAUAAGGCCAGGCUACAGCUCGCCUCCAUGGGAAUCCGUCUAGGUGACCGUGUGAUUAUAGCUGCACAGAAGGUUGGAACUCUGCGGUUCUGCGGCAGCACAGAGUUCUCCGGUGGCCUGUGGGCCGGAGUGGAACUGGACAAACCAGAGGGAAAGAACGAUGGCUCGGUAGCAGGUGUUCAGUAUUUCAACUGUCGAAACAAACAUGGAAUUUUUGCUCCACUGUCCAAGAUAAGCAAACCUUUGGAAAGACAUAAAACCAGCACUACAAAGAAGUCUACACCCGUGCGCCCCCCUCGUCGCAUCGACCUGUCUCGGAUUACUUCCAAGAUUAACACAGGUUUGUCUCCUUCUGUUAAAAACACACCUGAUAAUCAAAAAAGUGCAUCUGGUCCUCAUCAAGACACAGAGGGCGACACCUCAAUCGUAAAGACAGGCGUCCUCUCCCGCUCUCUCUCCUCUUCGUCGUCUUCCCUGGACUCUCGACAGGGACCGGGCGCUCGACCCCGUCCGCUGCCCAGGCAACGGCUUCCUGCCAGGCAACGAAGGGAGCGUGUUUCCCCGAGUCCCAGAAUAACACCUUCACCAGCCCUCCGCUCUUCUGCUGGCACCACUGCAGGUUUUCGAAGCCGAACCCCCUCAGGUAGCAGCUCCCUGUGUGAUGGCUCUGAGGUGCGCCUCGGGGAGAGGGUGCUGGUAGUCGGUCAGAGAACUGGUGUGGUCCAGUUCUACGGAAAAACCAACUUUGCUCCAGGACUCUGGUUGGGCAUCGAACUGGACAAGCCGAGCGGUAAAAAUGACGGGUCAGUGGGAGGAGUGAGGUACUUCACCUGCCCACCAAAACAUGGAGUCUUUGCUCCUCCGUCUCGCGUUCAGAGAAUCCAUGGAUCUGUUGAUUGCCUUUCAGAGCUCACUUCCUCGCGCCUCAGUCAUCCUCUAAGUGGGACAAUUCGUCGCAGUUUCAGCACAUCAUCGGCCAUCGCCACUCCGAAGGAGACGAACAGAAGAAGCCCCGUUACCAGGAGUCGUUCCAAUCCUCACCGCCGGCGUUGGAGCACCCUCAGUGGGGGCAGUGGAAGUAUUCCUGGAAGCACCGCAGGCUCAAGUCCCUCUCCAAGCUCUGAUGGGCAGGUCCACCUCCACGUGGGCAUGCAGGUCCUGCUGAGCAGCGCCAAUGAGAUGGCAAUCAUCCGUUACCUGGGCACAGCAGACUUUGCCCCAGGCCUUUGGCUGGGUCUGGAGCUCCGAAGCCCCAAGGGCAAGAAUGACGGCUCAGUGGGCGGCCGUCGCUACUUCAGCUGUCGACCCGGCCACGGUGUGCUGGUCCGCCCCAGCCGUGUCACUUAUCGUGGCAUCAAUGGUUCACGCUUGGUGAAUGAAACCAGCUGAGGUCUGUAGGACGCUUUCUGUUUAUGAUCCGCUCAAAGCAAAAAAAUUUGGGUGUAAACUUCUCCCUCAUUGCAUUGUGCUCAAUAAUGUUUUCAGUCAUGUGCUGUUGUAACAGGAAUAAAACCAGUUAGUAAGUACUUAUUUUUUAGGAAUUAAAGGGGCCUUGAAAGCACUUUAAAAAGUUAACACUAAAUUCUAAAUAGAAUUUGUUUUGCAAAAUGGGUAGGGGGGUGAGGGGGUCUUAAUAAGACAUUAAACACUGCACUACUUUAAAUGUAAUUGCACUGACAAACAUUACUAUGAUAGAUUAGAAUAGGAUAAAGUGGAUGUUCUGCAUGUCCGCGAGUAAAAAGGUUUUCUAUACCCAAAGCUAAUUUUGAUCACAUCAAAUGAGAUUUUUAUCAGAUAAUUUAAGAGUCCACUAUCUAACCAAAAGAGUGCAUGCGUUUGUGUGUGUAUGUGCGCAUGUUAAUUAAGAGCACUUUGAAACAAGAGAGAAUGAUUGAUUUUUACCACGGUCGCUAUAUGGCUUACAGAUAAUUGGCGGAUACCGAAUCUAAACUGAAUAUUCGCUUUAUGAAUCAAUGAGAAUUAAAAAAGAGAUUUAAUUAAGCUCAGACCUCCAUCAACCUCUGUUAAAAUACAGCUGCAUCAACAGGAAGUGUUUCCUCCUGUGUGCAUCAGUGUCCCCCUCAAACUGUCUGUUAAUUUGACGCAGACAAAUGAUGGUUGUAUUGUGCUAUGGCACAGCAAAAAUCUAUACCCAUCUGACUGUGAUUCCAUUAUGGUUGGCAUCAUACUGAUAACCCUUUUAAAGAAGUGAUGGUAUUUGGAUAGAAUAUGACAUGGAAUCAGAAGCUGUUCUUUUAAAAAGUGCAUUAACUGCAGAUGGGAACACACGAGAUGAGUGAAAAGCAGAUUUUAAAGAGACCUUUCACAAUGAAGUUUUAUGUAUGGUUGCUCUGGACUGUAGUGCUAUUUAUUCAUCUUCGACGUGUCUUUAAUGCUUGUUGGCCAGUUUCACAGAUAAUGGCUGUAAAAGUGUCUCUUAAAUAGGAUGGAAGUAGAUGGCACUUGCCCUGUGAUGCUUAAAAUGUCAAAUAAUGUACAUCUGAAAAAUGCUCUUUCCAGAAAUCAUUCCAGAAACUGUAUAGUAAGAGUCAUUCAUUCACCUGUUACUAAAGGCUCUUAUCUGUGACAGGAUGUAAACAUUAAUGGUGCCCUCAUCAGUUAAGCCUGUAAUGUUGGCUAUCUGCAUGCUUUCAAUGACUGGCAAAUGUAGAGAAAACAUAAAGUACAGCAUGAGAUGACGGCGAGGGUAACGUCUGUCUGUAUAUCUAUUCCUCCACAUCGAUAUACUGCGAGUGCUUAAAAUUAUUGAUGAUUAUUUGUAAGAU